UCCAUUGCGACCCCUAAGCUUAUGAAGCAGGUCAGCCUUACUUUGAUUCUUUAGGCUAUAAAACCCCACCUCUUCCAAAAUUGCGUCCUUCUCCCCUCGCGCCCAUAAUCUCUCUCUUUAUUCUCUCUUCUCGGGUGUAUAAUUUCUCUCACCCUCGUGUGUUUCGCCUCUCUGUCUCUCUCUCUCUCUCUCUCUCGUGGAGAAAAGCACGAGAAAAUUUAGCGAAGAAGCCACUUUGUGCCAGGAACAAAUUCUCGGCACGUUUUUACUCUGCAAUAACUGACACAACUCUGAGAAUCAAUGGACUAUAAAUACAGACCAGUUGGUCCGUAUCUAUUUCAGGGGCUUUUGGCGUAAAAGGAAGUUUCUUUGUUUUAUUUUCUCCCGCCAUUGCGAAACUCCUAAAUUUUUUAAGCUCCCCAUUAUUUUCUUGGGAAUUUUUAUUGGUUGAAAGUUUGUGUAGUUUUUAGUAUCAGAAGCAAUGAACGGCACAUUUAAUGGACAAAUUUUGGUAGACAAGCUUGCUAAGCUCAACAAUUCACAACAAAGCAUUGAGACUUUGUCACAUUGGUGUAUCUUCCAUCGAAAGAAAGCAAAACAGGUUGUGGAAACUUGGCAUAGGCAGUUUCAUUGCUCACCAAGGGAACAACGAGUGUCUUUCCUCUAUCUUGCAAAUGAUAUAUUGCAGAAUAGCCGGCGAAAGGGUGCAGAAUUUGUUGGUGAGUUUUGGAAGGUUCUACCAGAUGCUCUUAAUGAUGUACUGGAAAAUGGUGAUGACUUUAGCCGAAAAGCUGCGCAGAGACUGAUUGACAUAUGGGAAGAGAGAAAGGUGUUUGGUUCUCGAGGGCAAACUUUAAAGGAAGAGCUGGUAGGAAGAAACCUGGAAAACAAUUCAAAAAAUGGGAAAGGCUUCAAUAUGAAAAUUAAAUUUGCUGUUGGAGAUACACUGGAAAAGAUCGUUUCAGGCUAUGAGGGUGUCUAUGAUGGCCAUGUGGAAGAAGAAUCUGUGUUAACAAGAUGCAGAAAUGCCAUUAGCUGUGUUGAAAAAGCAGAAAAGGAUGUGGGAGGACAUCUUCCUGGUUCUGAAUUUGUGGAGGAGUUGCAGCAGCAGCAUGGUAUACUAAGGGAAUGUAUUGAGCAGCUUGCAGUGGCUGAAUCAUCAAGGGCUGCUCUUGUCUCCAGUUUAAGAGAGGCACUUCAGGAGCAGGAAUUCAAAUUGACCGAAGUCCGUAAUCAACUUCAGGUGGCACAGUCUCGCUUCAACCAUGCAGGGCAGCUCCUUGGCAAUGGAAACAACAGCCCACACUUACAAGAACCGCCAUCAGGUCUCAUCGAUAAGGAACAACCAGGGGGCCCUAUGGUCACAAAGGCUCCGCCGCAACCGGGCCCAUCAUUCCCUUCUGAAAACCCCAACCAUAUAGACGAAGACCACCGCAAGACUGCCGCCGCUGUGGCCGCGAAGCUGGCCGCUUCAACAUCCUCUGCCCAAAUGCUUACCUAUGUUUUAUCAUCUCUUGCAUCAGAGGGGGUUAUAACCAACCCUUUGGCUGAGGCCCCCUCCUGUUCUAAUGACUACCCUCCUGAUAAAAGGCCCAAACUCGAUGGUGGGUCUGGUACCACUACAACGACAACCUCCUCUUUCAUUCAUCCUCCUCCACCUCCAUAUAUACACCCUGAUGCCCUUCAGAACAGUGCAGGCCCGCCUCUUUCAAGCUCAUCACAAGUGGGGCCUACCAUGAAUCCUGGCCCUCCACCUCUGCCGCCACCUCCUCUAGGGGCCCACCAGUUUGUGCAGGUGCCCGGCCCCAUGACAGGGGUCUCUUACAGUUAUGGCACCGGGGCGCCACUGGGUCCCCCGCCUUUGCCUGGUGGAUAUCCUUUGCCAAUCUCAGGGCUCCCGCCAUACCCAGCCCCGCCACCAAACACUUACCAGAGUUUUCAGGGAACAGAAGGUGGUGGGUUCUAUGUGCAACCUUCACAGCUUCCUGCCGUGCCCCCCAUUUCUAGGCAAUGAAAUUGUGGCCAUACAUUUGCUGAUGGAACCCUGGGAAUUCGAUCUCGUGUGACCAUUUGGUAAGUUAUUCAGGCAGUUGCCAGGUCUAAGAGGGGUUCAGACAGUCUAGGAAAGGGAGAGAGGAUAUUGACGAGUUGGUUUCCUGUGUGUAUGUUAAGCAUGUAACCUCACGUAGUCAGCCGUCCUCUAUUGCAUGUGUUAAAGGUCGUCUUAGGUAACCGUUGAUGUUGUAAAUUAACUCUUUUUUUCUUUUAUUCCUUGCUUUAUUGUGGGAUUUGGAUGAUUGGAAAGAGUUCGAUGUUAGAUUGUUUUAUCACUGACAGAAGAAUUGAUGGUUGGAUUUUUUGUUCUUGGAGUGA